AUGAGAAGUAUCAGCGCAAUGUCGUACAAUCACAACUUAAUUGAUGAAACUAUAUUGUGUGUUAAUAAGAAGCGCAAUGAGAAUUUCUUCCCUUCACCUAUUCCAGAUAGAUUACAAUCUGUCACUUCAACAACCAUCCAACAGUGCGUAUCAUCGUAUUGUGCAUCAACACAUUGUUUUACAAUAAAUAAACUAAGACACAACUACUUGGAUUACUGUUCAAAAAGUUUAUCUGAUGGAAAACUGCCUUUCUUUGAGAAUCCUGACGAAAUUACCGGAGAAAACUCACAGAACAAUGAACAUCAUAACUGUGACCUGCAAAACAAUCUUUCAUCCAAAAAUUUCACGACGAAGUCACUUCUGCGCCUAUUUGCGCCGUCAGCAUGGAAAGAUGCCUUUGAAGUUAGACAGCUAAGUCCUGGAUGUAAAUGGCCAUCAGAACCAAUUAAUGGGACCAAUAAUUAUUCAAAUGCAACUCUUUAUCUCUUAACAGAGUUUAUUCAGCUGCGAUUAGAUGAUGGUGAUUUAGAACCUAUAUUUGGCUCUGCAUUUAUAUAUGAUGUUCAUUCACGUCUUAAAGUAUCGGAAACAUUCCAUUUUGAUGUGAAUUCAAAUAAACUAAUGAAUUUAUUUUCCGGGAGCAUGACAAAUCAACAGUUGGCUUAUCGUGAUGCUAGCUCGUUAGCACAAAGUUGUCUUUUUCGAAUGAGUAGUCGAUAUACACUAUCGAGUUCAGCAGACCUAAAUAACAAUCCUGGACUAAAAUCUCAACCGAAAACACCGCCAUCUGGAGGAUCUACAGAUAAAAUUGGGGUGAACAUAAAUAAUGUUACAAAUGACAAUGAGUCAGACAGAAGUGAUGAGUUUGGUCUCGAAGAUAUCCUGUCAUUUGCAUCGAAUCGGGCUGAAAAGCAAAAACUCAAUCCAAAUAGAGUUUCCUGUUGUGAAGGUGGACUAUUUCUUAUUAUCCGAGUGGAGAAAGUGUUGCAGCAGGGUGACAUAAACGAUAUCAUGGAGGGCUAUAAUAAGGAUGAAAAAAAUAAAGAUAAACUUAAAAGUACAAUCAACUGGUGUUGCCAGCGUUUAGGACGUUAUCGAAUGCCAUUAGUUUGGACAGCUGUUGACUUAACACCAUAUAUGCUUGAAGCACGUAAUAAAUUUCUACGAAUGGAAAACGAUGGUAGCAAUCAUACAAAAUCUAAGAUAGCCACUAAUUCUGAUUUGCGCAGACAAAAUACCACUGGUAGUACACGCAGUCGAUCAGUGGAACCAGGUUUACGCAAUCAUCACAUAGAGCAUAAUACUGAUAAUAGUCUUGGUGAUUCAGCCUCAUCGAAAGUGAUUCCAAACAGUCAAGAAAGUUAUGGAAGAAAAGCAAAAUAUGAACGUAUUAAAGAAAUGGCAGCAGAACAUUAUGAAAAACGUCAGGCUCGAAAUACCUCAAAGUGUCCAACUGUCAGUGAACAAUUAGAUCCAACGGAGUUUUUGCCUAUUGAGUUAAAAAUUACUAAUUUCUUUAAGCAGGAACCUGAUCGUAUCAACGAUGACGAAUUAUUUCGUUAUGUUCACGACAUUCAUCGUCAAACAGUUGCUGCUAUCUGUCGACUUUCAUGUGCAUCCACCUCUCCCACAAGCGUCACCUCGUCAUCAGUAAACAAUAACGCUUCAGGGAAUCAGGAUAUUUCAAGUUUAAGCUUUUCAAAUAUUUCGUUGACUCUUUCAACGGCAUUUAGUCCUACUAGUGGUUCAGUAAGACGUUUCAAAACAUUCUCUAAUCUAUCGUUGCAUUUGCGUUUACGGUGGGCUUCUCCACAAAAUCUUAUCAAGUUACUGAAAUCAAUGCAUUUGGAAUCUGAGACAUGCAUACCUUCCGAGGAAUUGAAUCAGUCGACUGAAUCAUCGGUGAUUUUGUUGAAUCCAGAAUCGCUUUCAUAUACUGGUUCAGUGUUUCAAUCUUUCAAUGAUUUUUCUAUGAAUAAACUGGAUAUGAAUUCUACGGUUUCUCCACGUAUUCCAAAUUUAAUCCGAGAAGUUCUUGAACUGCCUUCAAUAGAUCUUAUGAUUCCAUUUACAUCGUAUCGGAAUCUUCUGUAUGUUUAUCCAAAGAGUGUUAGUCUUCCACCGUCAAAACAAGCAUCUUCACGGAAUAUUACUGUACGUGUACAGCUAAUGUAUAGUGAUUCCAAUGUGACGAAAGUGCUUCCGGCUAUAUAUGGCAAGAGUAAUUCUCCAAAAUUUAUCAGUGAUGCAUUUACCGCAGUACUGUAUCAUAACAGAUCUCCAGAAUUUUAUGAUGAAAUAAAAAUUCAGUUGCCUGCACACUUGGAACAAACGCAUUAUUUAUUAUUUACAUUCUAUCAUAUUAUUUGUCAAUCGAAAAAGGUUGAAUCAACUGCAACCUUGGAAACUGUGAUCGGCUAUUCUUGGCUACCUCUGUUAGAACAAGGAUGCUUGAAAAAUAAUGAUGUCAAUUUGUUAGUCAGUCUGGAGAAACCAUCUCCAGCUUUGGCAAUGGUAAAACCCAAUAUCAAAUCAAUUACUGAAAAGUUUUGCAUGGAUGCUUGUAAAUGGGUUGAUGCUCAUCGUGAACUGUUCAGUGUUUCUACUACUGUUGUUUCAAGUGUUUAUAUGCAAGACGCUUCCUUAGAAUGCCUUCUAUCAGCGUGUCAUCAAAGUCGAAUCAAUUGUACUAUUGAAAGUUUCACAAAUAAAGCAGCUGUUAGGCAACUUUUCACUAACAUCAAUAAAACAAGUCUUCAUCAAUUGAUCGCAUAUUUUGCUCCUCUCCUUGAUGGCUUUCUUCGACUUCUAUUCAGCUGUAUCAUUAAGACAUUUCUAAUUAAAAUGAAUAAUGCUCACUUAAGCGAAAAUAUUCAAAUUAAUCAACCUGGUGUAAUUGCACUGGAACUACUUAUCGCAUUUUUAAAUCGAAUUUCACUCAGUUUCGCUCACUUGAAUGACAAGCACGGACGUAAUCAACUUCUAGUUUCCUAUCUUAAUGGAUCACAGUUUUUACCUACUAAAUCAGCGUUACGUCAUUAUUUUUCUGGACAUCCAUUGUUUGGAUUACCUUUGGUUUCAAAUUUGAUAAAUGUUGAGGAAAUUGACAAAAAUCUUCUAGUUAAUAUAAUUUUAACAGAACUUGUGAAAAUUUAUUUGUGUAGAACAAAAUUAAUCGAUUGUCAAAGUAGUCAAACAUUUUUUCCUUCAUUAUGGUUUCUUCUGGAGUUAUUCAUUCAUUUACUGGCACAAGACUGGUAUUUGACAGUGAAAACAGAUGAACCAAAACUGAUUUUAUCUCUUGGUGAAAAUCCUUGUUUUCUAGAAGAUUUGAGUACUUUUAAUACAUGCUUAACAGAAUACAUGAUUCGUUAUGUAUGCGGUCAACACUGUGAAAAGUCAGAAGAUCUGAAACAAUGGGAACCUUAUCGAUCAACCAAUAGAAUAUUUUCUUUUUUCUUGCAUGAUCUUAUUUCAUUUUUGCCUUUGGAGUUCAUUAUUUCUGAAACAGCCAACUACUGGACUAAAAUCGACCAACUUCUGAUAGAAAAGGAGCUGAAUCCAUGUCUUAGUGAAAAGUUGUUGAAGUACUUUAAAUUAGAUUUAUUACAAAUUAUUUGUUCCCAUGAAGCUUUUUAUCAGUUGCAUAGUGAAUCCCCAUUACCAAUGAACUGUGAUCAACUACUGCAACAUUAUCACAAAUUAUCAAUUUUUAAUAAUGAUCAUCAUUUAAGGCAAGAAGCAAAGUCAAAACAUAUUCCAUUGGCUACAAUUGAACCUGAUUUCUAUGGUACUGAAGACUGUCAUCAUCCUGGUGACAAACAGUAUUCACAGGUGUUUGGAAACAAUAUAGACGGGAAAAGUACAAGUUUGAAUAAACACUUUUUUAUUUCACUAAUCAUAUAUGAACUGAUAACAGCUUUAAAAUCUGACGUUCCUGACCUACAAGAUCGUGCAGUCGAUCUACUUUGGUAUGUAUUAAUCAAUAAUGAAUUAAGCCUAGAACAAGAAACGCCUCAGAACACGUCUUCAUCCCAGUCUAUCACGAGUGUGUCGCAAUUAGCUUAUUUCUACACACCAAUACUCAAUGUUGUAUGUGAUUUUUUACCGAAUCUUGUGAAAACAUGGCAGAUAAAUCGAUCUCAGUCGCGGAAAUGUAAUAACGGGAAUUUAGUCAAGCCUAGACAACAAUCCACUGACGAAACAUCGUCUGAUAAACCACCCGCGAACUUGACAAAUGAUCUGGGAACAAAUUUACUGUCUUCAGGAAGAAUGAGACGUACUAGGAGGAAUACAAAAACGACAAAAUUCUUAGAUGUUGGUCCAGGUAUAAGUUCAGUCGCAAAAGAAACACCGAAUCCUCGUUUCACUCAGUGUUCAGAGAAUACAGAUUUCGACUGUGUACUGCGUAAUCAACUUGACUCUGUUAAAUCUAUCAAGUCGACUACAAUGAAAAGACUCUUCAUUAUUACUGUUUGGAUUCUUAGACAUACCCCCGACUCACUUUAUCAUGAAUGGCUACAUCAGGCUAGUGUUAAAGAGCGAAAUCAAUUAUUUCUUUUGAUAUAUCUUAUUCUGGAUACUUUUCAGAUAAAGUCAAGUAAAGAGAGUGAUUCUCUCUUGAAUAUGAACUGUUCGCCUGUUGAUUCUGAAGAACAUGCAGACUGUGAGAAUAAUAUUGAUGGCUGUGAGAAUGAAUCUCACACAACUAGUUCACAAGCGAAACUGUCAAAUGACCAUAAUUCACCAAACAAUCAUGUUAACAAACGUUUUCGACGUGAUCAAAUGAUCGGUGCGAAAUUCUCAUCUUCCGAAUCGCCUAUUCUCCCUGACAAACUAGAUUACGCUAAUAUCAGUCCAAGUAUUUAUCAUUCAAGUCAACGUUCCUAUUCUAGACCAAGUAUCCUCAAGCUGAAGAAUAAUUUCACUCGAUCCAAUAGUUUUUCUUUAGGAUCAUAUUCAAAUGGAACAGACAGCCCUGGCCUACAUCAAAAUCCUUCUGCUAUACGAAAGUCGCUUAUAUUCAAUGAUAUUGUCAUGGUCAUUUGCAAUCUAUUGGAUUCUUCUAUUGAAGGAUUAUGGCAGUUGGAUACAGCGCUUGGUCGACCUGGUUUAACUUUGUUUACAUUUUAUAAUUAUUCAUUCAAUUGUAUCCUACCUUAUAAGAAGUCGAAUGCUACAACUAAUAAUAACAAUACGAAUAAUAGCAGUGCCUUAUCAAAUCAGUGUCUUAUUGGCUGCAUUAUCCGUGUUAUGCUAUAUGCUUUAAGUCUUAGUCAAAGUGUAACGGGCUAUCAGCGUAUUCUACUCUGCUUAAGACGUGUAAUUUCUCGAUUCCCCAGCUUUUUAUUUGAAGAUAAUCCAGAGUUCUGUUCAGUUUGUUGUCAUCAUUUGUUAACAUUAUGUACCAUAAAACACUCAGCUGUUCGUGACGAAGCAGUGGCUACAUUGUACUUCCUUAUGAAAAACUAUUACACACUGACCAAUGGUUUAUCGUUUGUAAAAGUACAUUUGUACUUAACGUUCAGUUCAUUUUUUACCAAAUUGGUCAGUGGAAUGAAGAAAUCAAACAGUAUAUUAUCUGAAUGUUCAAAUAAUACUAAUUACCAAGAAAAUCUAUCCAGUUCAUCGAUUUCUGCAUUUAAAACAUAUUUAACUGACUCACUUAGUCAAUUGAAACAUUUAACAUUAUCAGAUGAUGAUUUAAAUCUACCUACGGGAUUAUUAAACAAUAAUCAUGAAGAAACUUUAUUUAAUGCAGAGAAAUACAUUGAAUCUGUAAGCUUAACAUCACCUUCAUCAUUGAAUAAUUUUGAUGAUGGUUAUAAUACUGUUUCUAUGGUAACGACGACGCCAACAACAACAACAACAGUGGUUCCAGCAAUCCCACUUAUAUCAAAUAUUCCAAAUACAAGUUUCAAUGCUCAAGUUUGUCAAUUAGCAGAUAAUUUGAAACAGCUACUAAAUGAUGCCUUAAGAUUACAAGAUGCAAUUAUUAAUCUGCAUAGAAAACAACAGACAAAUGAUUAUCGGAAACAAAUUUCCAAUGAGGACACUCUUAUCACCAUUGAUUUAUUGCAUUCUAUAUCUCAUCGAAGUCGUAUAUCACCUGAGUUAAGAUUAUAUUGGCUUUUACAGAUAGCUGAGAAGCAUUAUGAACUUACCCAAUUCUCAGAAGCUUCACAAUGUUUGGCGCAUUGUACUGCUAUUGUGGCUGAACACCUUGUCAACAGAGGCUCUAGCCCACUUGGACUAUCUACAGCUGGUUGUUCAGAUAUUGCUGAUGCAGUUAAGAAUUUAAAUAUUCUUGAAGAAAGCUGCGCAUGUGGAUUCCCCACUACAGGUGUAUAUGACAAUUUCAGCUGUUCUAUACCCGUUAUUCCUCAAGAUUUGUCUGCAUCUCUUAUGCCCCUAGAUGUAUCCUGGCAUUUUACAACACCUGGUUUUAUGGCACUUGUAUCUUGGACAGCGGAAUCUUUUGCAAAAGCUGGUUUUUAUGAAAUAGUGCCUUGUUUAUAUUCACGUCUUGUUGCCUUGCUGCAAUCCAGUAAUGAUUAUGGACGUCUAGCAGAAAUCCAUGGACGCAUAAGAGAUUCAUAUGCUCUACUGAAUAAAACUCAAAAUAACAAGAAAAUGUUCAAUAGUUAUUUUCGAGUUGGUUUCCAUGGUAGUUUAUUUGAUGAUUUAAAUGGUAAUGAUUUUAUAUAUAAAGAAGCUCCAUACACAAAAUUAGCUGAAAUAACUAAUCGACUUCAGACGUUUUAUGAAGCUAAAUUCGGUCAAGGCAAGGUGAUUAUCAUAAAAGAUUCAAAUGUUGUUGAUCCGAAACAACUAGAUGCUGACAAAGCUUAUCUUCAAAUCACAUUUGUCGAACCGUAUUUAGAAGAUUUUGAGCUUCGAAGACGUCCUACUGAAUUUCAUUGUAAUUAUGCAUUGAAGCGCUUCGUUCAUUCAACACCUUUCACAAUAGAUGGACAAACUCAUGGCAGUUUGAGUACACAAUACAAGCGUAAAUACAUCUUGACUACAGCAAGAUGUUUUCCUUACAUGAAAACACGUUUAUUAGUUGUAUCUGCGGAAUCGCAUACCCUAACACCGAUUGAAGUUGCUUUAGAAGAUGUAACACGUCGAGUUGAACAAUUAGAUAGAGCAUUAACAACAGACCCACCGGAUGUUAAAUACUUACAAAUGAUAUUACAGGGAUGCAUUGGUGCUAUGGUUAACCAAGGACCAAUUGAAAUGGCAACAACUUUUCUUGGACAGAAAGAGAACAAACCAAUCAAAGCUGCAUCAGGGGAUAAGAAUAUUUCCUUCACAACAUUAGAUCCAAACGCAUAUGAAGAUGUACAAAAUCGCUUGAGAAUAACAUUCCAGAUAUUCCUUAUCAAAUCUUACGAAGCUCUUUGUUUAAAUGAAUCAUUAAUUGGACCGGACCAAAUAGAAUAUCAUAAAGAAUUGGAGAAAAAUUUCAUGAAUGUCAAACGUCUACUUGAUCCUUUGAUUAUUAUAUCAAAGCCCCCAGUGACUAACGGUGAUACAAUUAUGAAUCAGAAUAAUGAGUUAAAGCCUGAAACUAUAAAGUAGCCAUCCCCAACCCCACAAACAUUUUUUUAUAUUUUGCCUCAUACUACUUAAAAUUAUUUCAGUAAUCCUAUUUGCAUUUAAUAAUUUAUACAGGUAUGUAUAUAGCUCUCUGAACAAAAAAAUACAAAGAUCACAAAUAAAUGCACAAAACCCCUUAUUUAUUUCCAUUAUUAAUGAUGUUUGUAAUCCAACUCUUUCCCUUCUUUUCUCUUUUAAUACCUUAUGCUUCCAGAAGAUAGAUGCAAAGUGAGAAUUUCGGAUUAUGCUUCUCUUUCUACCCACUUUCAUAUCACUGUUAUUUUUUUCUUCAGCAGAAUGCAUGUACAGUGUGGCUUAUUUUGUAAAUUUACUUUGUGAUUUGAUGACUACAUAUUUACAAAGACUUAUCUGUUUUAAAUUUUGUCCUUUCAUACUGCUUUCUUAUAUUUAAUUUCUUAUUUACUAAUUAUUUCAACUGCUGCUGACCUGUAAUGUAUUGUAUAUACAUUUAUAUAUCGAUAUUGAAAUUUGAA